CAUAAUAGUGUCCUCGAUUGUUUGACUUGUAUAUUGACUUUGAGCUUUUAAUCACGUAGUAGAUGGAAAAUUCCGUAGUUUUAACACGUUCCAGCUCAUGGAUAACAUGACGGCAAAGAUUUUACAGAAAUCACUUUUCGUAUUUCUUGUAAAAAUACCCAAGCUAAUGAAAUGUUUAAUACUCGAGAAUCCAGAAAUAUUGUAUUAACUUUUCAAUCUACACCGCCAUUUUUGGUUGAGAAUCUUUUGGCAAUAGCUCUAGCAAUUUUAAUGGCUGCACCUUUAAUUUUACGCAUUCAUAGAUUUUUGGAAAAUCGGAAUAAUAAUCAAAUACUUUCUACAGUCAGAGAACUCAAUUCUAAAUUCCAGUAUCGUGAUAAAUGUUUACCUAUUAGAGCAAUAAGAUCAACUCCAAAUUUGAAUCAAAGUGAGUUUUGGAUCACUAAAUCAAAAAACGAAAUGCCACCAAAAGAUGAUAAUGAUGACUCAGAUUCUGAUAAAUCAUUAGAUAAGUUUGAUAUUUAUAAUUACAAUUAUUAUCGUUAUAAAUUAAUUGGUGAAAAAUUGACUAAACAAUAUGGUCUUAAUCAAGCACCAGGAGAGGUUAUCUUUAAUUCAUUACAUCUCAAUUCCAUUGAUUCAAAUACUGGAAUAAGAUUAAAUAAAAGAUAUGAGCAUAACUUUUUUGAUUGCGUAGAUAGCUAUUUUAGAAAAAAAAAUAAAAAUAUGAAUAAUGGAAUCACAUUAAUACAUCCUCGAGAUUACUUUUUAACGAAAAUAAUCAACAAAAGGCCAGAUACUUUUGAUAAAGCGAUUGAUACCACCGUUUCUACAAUUGAAAUAGAUCAUCUUCCAGAAAUGAUAAGUCCUAAAGCGGGUUUGAAAACACCUUCUAAAGUUUCUCGAAAACAGAAAGGAUCAAAAGCAAAGCCGGAUAAUAAGUUUAAUAAAUUUUCCAAAGGAAAUGAAAUGUUGAAGAAAACGAUUGAUUUUGAAUCAAACUCUCGACCAAGCAGUCCAUUCAAAGAAGCUAAAAGCAUCUCAAAUGAAUCGUCAAUAUCAGAAAAAAUAUCAAAAGUGAAAGAACCGAUAAAAAAAAAUCCUUUCACCCGAGGUAACCCGUUUGUAUUUACCGAAGCAACUAAGAAAGUAUCAUAUUUACGUAAGCCUCGUGAAUUAACAAAUAUACAAGAUGACACAGAAAAUAAAAAUUUUUCAAAUGAAUUUGACAAAAACCUAAAUAAUGAAAAAAAUUUAACAAAAGGCAAAAGCAUUAAUGAAAAUAAAGUAGAAACCAAUAAAUUUCAAAAUAAUACAGAAUCUAUAAAUAUAAAUAAACCUUUAACAAUCACAGUAUUGCCUGAAAAGGAAAAGUUUUUAUCAAGUGUUGCGAAUGAUGUAUUUAACUCUUCUAACAGUUAUUCAUCAAGACCCCAAAGCCGACGAUCGCGGCCCAGUUCAAGCGGUACUUCGUCAAGAGCUUUUAAGCAUUUCAUGCCAAAAGUAAACUCACGGCCUCGAUCUUCUGGAAGUAGUUUUGCUUGGGAAGUUCCUGAUGAUUCUGGAAAGAUAUGGUCCCUUGAAAAUUCUAAUGAACCUAAACCUACGUCAACCACCAGACCUAAGUCAGCAAAUCCUGCUAUCAGUAGAAAAAAAUCCGUAGCUGCUAUGUCAGUUCUUGAAAGUAUAAUAGAUUUAACAUGUAAUGUGACAAUUGAUACUCAAGAUUCUUUCACCACCAUGGGAGUAGAUGAAAUUAAGCAGAGACUCGAAAACAGUGAAUUGCCUUUAGAAUUGAAACAUUCGUUUAAUUUUUCUAGAGAUAAUCGGAACUCUAAAUUGAAUUCAAAAUCAAUUGAAAAACCUAAAAUUAAUUAUCAAAUACCAACAAUACCAAAGACAAAACCAGUUUCUAAAAUUUCUCCUUUUCCAACAAAUCAAUCAAUUAUUUCCGGACAAAAAAAAUCAUAUUUACAAGCACGAUCGGGUAAGUAUUCAAUACACUUCAAAUAACAAGUAUGCAGAAGAAUAAAAGCAAUUAUUAAUUACACUCGG